AUGAUCAAAGUAAUUCUACAAUUUCGUGACCAGUCUCUUGAGCUCUCUGUUGGUAAAGGCCAAUGUUUGAAACAGUUCAAGAAGGAAUUCUAUAGUACUUUUCACUAUGAGUUGUCCUUUCUGAGAGUAUUAUGGAACAAUAAAGUCAUAAAUCUCGGAAUGGAUCUGUAUAAGCAAGUUUCUGAAUCUUCCGUUACGUUGAAAUGUGAAGGGAUCCUUACAAGAUCCAAAAUACAAUAUAUGGACAAGUCGUGUGUAAUGCAGGGGAUCUUAGGUGAAACCUAUAAAGACUUUUUUGUGCGCUGCCUGAUUAAACUGGUAGCCAAAUCCUUUAUCAUUUCAAACUAUAUUCUUUUUGACUGUAUUAAAGACAAGCCAGUAACUUUAUCUAACAAAAUCGCAUCCUUUUUCCCAUCUAACUCAAAAUUUGAGAUUGUCCCUGUUUCUUAUCUCGCUCAACGCAAUCUCCCAGAGAAUCCAUCUCUCUCUAGGUUACCUCGCCCAACCCAUCUUUUUCAUCCUCCUGCUGCGAAUCCGAAUAAUGCUGCUAAUCCUAUUCAUCCUCCUCCUCGUAUACCUGUAAUCCGAGAUUCUGCGCAGGAACGGAGAACAAACCCUGUCUCUAUAAUCAACAACGAGCCUCCCAUGCUGGAAGGGCAUUUAUUCUUCCUCACCAGCACAGGAAGAAUCACAUCAUUCGAUGAUCAAGCGAAGUCGAAUCCUCCAUAUGCGAUUCAAUAUCUCGCUCCAUCCGGCCCCGAGUACGACAUCAAUGCGAUUCUGUUUGAGGAGCCGUUUGAUAUUCAGCAGUACUCCACUUGGUCUCUGCAAUGUACAUUUGUUAUAAUUUUGUUAUGA